AUGCAGCAUAGGAAAGUAAUAGCAUAUGCAUCUCAGCAAUUGAAGACUUAUGAGCAGAAUUACCCCACACAUGAUUUGCAGUUAGCCGCUAUUGUAUUUGCACUUAUAAUCUGGAGACAUUAUUUAUAUGGUGAAAGGUGUGAAAUCUACACAGAUCAUAAGAGUUUAAAGUAUUUUUUCACUCAGAAGGAACUGAAUAUGAGGCAGUGGAGAUGGCUUGAACUAGUCAAGGAUUAUGACUGCAAUAUUAAUUACCAUCUAGGCAAAGCCAAUGUCGCUGUUGAUGCACUUAUCAGGAAGCCAAUGGGACUAGCAGUUGCUACUCUUACCUCUCAGCCCCACUUAAUAAUGGACAUAGAGAGAGCUGCUAUUGAGGUUGUUACUGAUGACCAGGAGGCAUUGGUAGCCAGUUUAACAGUUCAACCAGCUUUGAUAGACAGAAUUAAGCUUGCUCAAAAAGAAGAUACUAAGGUAGCGAGAUUAAUAGAAGAAGUAGAAAAAGAAAAUAAAUCUGAGUUCAGUGUUUCUGAAGAUGGAGUGUUAAGGUUCGGAAAUAGGUUUUGUGUGCCGGACAAUGAUAAAAUAAAAAGACUCAUCCUCAAAGAAGCGCACCACUCCCCUUACACAAUUCACCCAGGUGAAAGUAGAACAUCAGAGACUAGCAGGGUUAUUGCGACCACUUUAGAUUCCCGAAUGGAAAUGGGAGCAUAUUUCUAUGGACUUUAUUACAGGCUUACCCCGAACACUGACUGGACAGGAUGCAAUCUGGGUGAUACUGGAUCGUUUGACAAAGACAGCUCACUUUGUGCGUAUCAGAGUUUCUUAUAA